GAAGGAAGGCAGGCACAUGCACCAGGAGGAGAUGAUCUAUAGAUGCUGGGUGGGGCAAUGCUGCCGGCGGCGAGCAGCAUCCCAGCAGGACACGCCUUCAUCACCGAGGCGAGGUGGCGUGAAGAAGCGUCAGAUCAUCGAUGACCUUCCCAAUGCAUCUACCCUUCUUCCUCUCCUACCUUCACCAAGCUGGCUGGCCACGCAGCAAAAAGGCACACAGGUGGGUAGAUGGGCAGAUAGAUGCUCGGGCACAAACACAUACAAAGACGACUACUGAGAGGCUCUGUUGCUUUGCAGAUUCAUGCCUCACUUCUCCUUCUCAUGAAGGACCGAUCACAUCUACGACGGAUCAUCACUUCGUCCAUGACGGUGGGUCGGAUUACACGCAACACAAUAUGAAUGAAUCGGGGGCAUUCCUGCCUUCAUCUGGCUGUUUGUCUGGUGGUUCUGACUGGUCAGACACCUCACUCGACGCGGCUGACGCGGCAUCGUCAUCGGCAGAAGCAGACACGUCAGAGUAUAAGCUGCUUCGGCGGUUGUUGGCACGGCGGCUGUGAAUACGGCGGCUGGAGCGACGCACUCCCUGCCUCGACCCGUCGGCAGACAUGCCUCUGACGAAACGCUCGACCUCCUCGUACGUCGGUCGUCUGCCCAAGGCGGUCCUGGCUGUUUCUAUGUAGGUCGAGACUGCUCUGUGACAGUCACCGGUAAGGCCGGUCGUGAGAGCAUUCAACUUUUCCCGGUCAGUCAGGCCACUGAGCUGGCUCAUCGUUCGGUUCAG